AUGCCUAUCGGCUGGUACCUAGCCCAAGGGCUCAUCCCGCUCGGCCCGGACAGCAGCGAUGACGAGGAAGGUCCCUGCGAGCUUCCAGACGGCCGGCUGGUCUGCGGCCCGCAUGGUUUUGUGGUCUGCGGUAAAUGCUGCGUCGACUAUAGUUUUAUGGACGAGGUUUUGAGUCGGGGCUCCGGAGACGAGGAUGACGGUGACGAGGAGGAGGAGGAGGAAGAGGAUGAUGAUGAUGAUAACGACGACGACAAAGACGACAGGAACAAUAUUUCGGGUUAUGGCGUCCGUGCUCCAUUCUGCCUCUCAGAAUUCGACCUGACGGCAUUCAACCUGUCCGGAUGCGACCCGUCUACAUUCAGCCAGUCUGCAUUCGACCAGUCCGACUUCGUUAUGAGUACUCCGGGCCAGGGAUUGAGAAGAGGCAUGGGUCAUGUGUUUCCCACCAAGUUCGUCCCGCCGUCGACUGAUAUUACACCUGAUGAGUUGUUCACCGGCAGGAGGAACCAUAUACAAGUAACCAGGUUCACCCUCCCCAACGACCCCGGUACAGGCCUGAUCCGAACCGACGGGGCCUGCCUCAACAACGGCCAACCCAACCCCACCGCCGGCUGGGCUUUCUUCCACGGGAUGGACGCCUCGGGCAGGCAACUCACGGCCGGCCACCGCUUGGAGAAGAAAGGCCCCUUCGGCGACGACGCCUUCCAGACCAGCAACCGAGCCGAGCUCCGCGCUGCGAUUGCCGCCCUGCGAUUCCGGCACUGGCCCGGCGAAGGGUUCGAAUGUCUCGUCAUUGCGACCGAUUCGGAGUAUGUGGUGGAAGGGGCCACCAGCUGGGCGAGGAAGUGGUUCCGCAACGGCUGGCGGACGCGUGCUGGGCCGGUGAAGAACAAGGAUCUGUGGGAGGUUUUAUUGGGGGACGUGGAGCGGUUUAAUGGUGAUUAUGGGAUGGCGGUGGAGUUCUGGAGGAUCCCGAGGGAGUGCAACACGGUUGCGGAUGCUGCUGCGAAGGAUGCGGCCGCCCUGGAGGAGACACUGGAGCAGUGGACGGAGAUGAUGGGGUUGAAUUGCUGA